AGUGACAGCGAAAAAGAUCAAUAAAAAAUCCCAUAUUUUUCUCUCUCUAUUUAUGGUAAUAAAAUUAAAAGUGAUUUUUUGAGUAAUAAUCACUGAAUACAGUCUUUUUGUUCGAAUUUACCAUUGUUGAACGAAUCUGGAUGUUCAAUAUGUAUAUAUAUGGUAAUUUAUUGACCAUUCUUUGGCCUUUCCUUUUCCAGAACUCUCCCUUUCCUUCUAUUCUUUCCUUCACCAUAAUGCUGUAUCAAUAAUGUCACUUUAAUAUACAGGGAGAGAAAAUAUUUGAGAACAUUAAAACCAUAUUUUCUCAACAAAGAACAAAGCCCAGAAACCCAGAUGAAAAUGGGUCGUUUUGGGUUUUUCGAUAUUACAGUGGUUUGUUUUCUGUUAGCUCUAUCGUUUUCGGGGUGUUAUGGGAUUCGUAGUUUUCCUGAGGAGAGACGAUUUGCGGAGGCGCCGGAGUACAGGAACGGCGUCGGAUGUCCGGUAACGGCGCAGGGCAAAACGUUAUCGUCUUGUGAUCCUUCAUUGGUCCACGUGGCGAUGACGUUGGAUUCCGAGUACCUCCGUGGAUCCAUGGCGGCGGUUCACUCAGUCCUCCGCCACGCGUCUUGCCCCGAACACGUCUUCUUCCACUUCAUCGCCGCUGAGUUCGACGCGACGAGCCCGCGCGUGUUGACUCAGCUGGUCCGAUCCAUUUUCCCUUCGCUCAACUUCAAAGUCUACAUUUUCAGAGAAGACACAGUUCUAAAUCUCAUCUCAUCUUCGAUCCGACAAGCUCUCGAAAACCCGUUAAACUACGCCCGGAACUAUCUGGGCGAUAUGCUCGACCCGUGUGUAACACGUGUCAUUUACUUAGACUCCGACGUAGUACUCGUCGACGAUAUUCAGAAGCUGUGGAAGGUGAACCUUACCGGGUCCCGAAUCAUCGGAGCACCGGAAUACUGCCACGCGAAUUUCACGAUAUACUUCACCGAUACAUUCUGGUCCGACCCGGUAUUACCCCAGGUAUUCGGGUCAAGAAACCCGUGUUACUUCAACACUGGCGUAAUGGUAAUGGACUUGAAGAAAUGGAGAGAAGGAAAUUACAGGCAAAAAAUAGAGAGGUGGAUGGAGUUACAGAGACAGAAGAGGAUUUACGAAUUGGGCUCAUUACCGCCGUUUUUGCUGGUAUUUGGUGGGCUCGUCGAGCCCAUUAAUCACCGGUGGAAUCAACAUGGGCUCGGCGGUGAUAAUGUGAUGGGCUCGUGUAGGUCAUUACAUCCAGGCCCAGUAAGUUUGUUACAUUGGAGUGGAAAAGGAAAACCAUGGGUUAGACUUGAUGAGAAAAGACCAUGUCCGUUGGAUUAUCUUUGGGAGCCUUAUGAUUUGUACAAGCACAGGAGCAAAGUGAGAGUUAAUCAUCAUCUUAAUUUGGGUUUUUCUACUAGUACUAAUCCUUUUGGUUACUCUAAUUAUUUCAUUUGAUUGAUCAUUCUUUUACACUUUUUUUUUUGUUGACAAGGUGAUUUAAGUGAUUCUUUGAUAGCCUUGUACAGAUUGAUUAGAUGGAAAAAAAAAAGGAGAGAAUAUUCAUGGGCAUAGUUGAAAAUUUUAAUGGGGAUUUAAUGUGUUUUAUUUAGGGGUUAAAGUUGAUUACAUUAAUUUUUUUGUUGGUUCCACGGACUUGUAACAAUUUUGGUGAAUUGAUUCGAUUUGUAUGUUGGGAUAUACUAAAAAAGAGGAAUAACUCGUUUCUUGUUUC